AUGGCGCCUGUGCUGUAUUCCUUCGACGACUUCUUCUGGAUGCCAGAGACGGCCUUUCGUCUAAUGGGCUACGAUGCACUGCGACGAUCGAAGUCAGCUUGGCUAGAACUGCUGAUGUGGGUCUUCUAUAUCUUCUGUGGUGUCAUUCACACUUUCUUCAACUGCAUUAUGAUUUAUCGCCUCUACGAAAUGGACUUCAAAGAGACUCACAUAUCUCUUAUCAUGAGAUAUGCAACUGAAAUAACAUUUGUUAUUAACUCAGACACCAAAUUUGUAACAUAUUUGUGGCAUCGGUCCAGCAUUCAGCGCGUACAUGCAAGACUUGCGGAACUGUAUCCUCAAACGACACCCAUGCGCCUGCAGUACCAGGUCGAGAAAUACUACUGGUCCCGUGCCUUACGGAUUCUAAUUGCUCUCUACUUUGGCGCCAGUGCCCUGAUGGUAGAAGGUCCCUUACUGGAAUCGAUGUAUAUGUAUGUGCGCGAUUGGCUGCAUAUGGGUCGUCAGCAUGCCCAGUUCAGCUAUCUUCAUUACUAUCCGUUCAUAAGCCUGGACGCGGAGAAGCCCUCACUUGUGGGAUAUAUUGGUACUUACCUAGGAGAAAAUUUACACAGUCUUGUGAUGGUUAAUUCCAAUAUGGGAAUGGAUUUGUGGAUGGUUUGCUUUGUGGGGCAGCUUUGUAUGCAUUUUGAUUACAUCGGACGUACUCUUCAAGCAUAUCAGCCUGACAGGCAGCACGAUGUUGCAGAUUGCGAGUUCUUAGCACAUUUAGUUGUAAAGCAUCAAAGGCUAAUGGAAAUACAAAAGGAGAUUAACAGCAUCUUUGGCGGGUCACUGAUUUUAAAUUUAAUUACCACUGCAGGGGUGUUUUGCACUGUUGGAGUUUAUAUUUUAUUGCAGGGUUUGGAUCUGGAAGGUGUUUCAUAUUUGAUUUUUAUAUUCACGGCUAUUGCUCAGCUGUAUUUGAUCUGUUAUUAUGGAGAACUUAUAACCUCGCUGAGUACCUAUGUGGGUCAAGCUGCUUACAGCCAUACCUGGCAUAAUGCCUCGCAGGCCUACAAAAAACUGCUCCUUUUGAUAAUGUUGCGUUCUCAACGACCUGCUGAGCUCAGCGCUAUGGGAUUUUUGGCCCUUUCGGUAGACACAUUUAAACAGCUCAUGAGUGUGUCUUAUGUUUGCCUUGAUGAGGACUAUGAUACAAUAGAAUACUAUGUAUAUUACAACAAGAAUGAAAAGCUCGAGUUGAGUGGGCUCGACCCUUAA